AUGAGCGGCAGCGCGGCGAAGCGCGUCGGGACGCCGCUGGCCGACGCCGAGGGCAGCCCCAAGCGCCCGCGGAGCAGCCGCCACCCCUCGCUCUCCCCCUCGCCGUCGCAGGCGCGCUCGCAGGCGCCCUCGCCCUCGCAGUCGCGCUCGCGGUCGCGGUCGAGGUCGCGGCUUCCCCUGGCGCGGACGUCGCCGCCGCCGUACAUAGGGUCGCCCUCCUACGCCCCAUACGACGACCGAAGCCCCAGCCGCAGCCGCAGCCGCAGUUACAGCCGCAGCCGUAGCCGCAGCCGCGUGUCGGAGGAGACGGACGGGAACGGGCGGCCGGUCUGGAGGCCGCACUCGUACAGGGAGCACAGCGGCGAGCACGGGGACGGCGAGUACAGCGUCCGCAUCGGCGACUACGACCGCCUCUUCAUCUGCCGGAGCUGCCACCGCAUGCUCUCCUCGCCGGUCUACGAGUGUCCGGACGGGCAUGUCACCUGCUCGAGGUGCCGCGACAACAUCGGGGAGAACCGCUGCAACUACUGCGCGGCCAAUGGCAUCGUGCGCAGCCGCGCCGUCGAGGAGUUCCUCGGCCGCAUCAGCUUCUCCUGCCGCAACCAGCAGUACGGCUGCGAGGUGUUCCUGCUGCACCAUGAGAUGCGCGCGCACGAGCGCACCUGCCACUACGACCCCUGCUUCUGCCCGGUCCAUCGCUGCGGGUUCGCCGGCCCGGCCUAUGAUCUGGAGUCCCACCUCGCCACCAUCCACCGCUGGGAGGUGAUCAACUUCCGCUACGGCGAGAGCUUCCAGGCCCCUGCCUUUGACUCUGCCAUCUUCCGCUGCGAGGACUACGGCGAGCUCUUCCACAUCAGCAGCUCCCGCGAGGGCUUGGGCACCGCGCUCUCCAUGAUCUGCAUCCGCCCUGACAACGCAUUCGAGGAGGAGUUCACCUACGAGCUCAAGAUGCCGGCAGGUGGACGGCGCCACAGGCUGCAGAUUCAGUCGACCGUGUGGAACACUUCGCUGCGGUAUGGGAUCGGUGAGGGGAGCGAUGUCUUCCUGCUGGUCCCUGACAAGCUGCCCGGCGUCGAGAAUGGCUGUGCCGUGGAGGUGUGCAUCCGCAAGGUGGUGGCUGGUAACUAG